AACGCAUUGAGUGAACGAGUGAACCCGCAGAGCCAACGAGCAGACGCAUCGCGCUUGCGCAUUGGACACCGUUUGUUUUGAAGGUUUUCGGGUGUGCUGCGCUGGCUGCGCUCGGUGCGUCCGUAGCUUCGGCCAGCGCUGCUUCGGCGUUGCUCUUCACGUGGAGUGAAUCAGCGGAGCAGAGAUGGAUUAGGGAACCGGAAUACCAGGAGUAGUGAACGUACUUACGUGAAACUGCGCUGUGCCGUGGAAGUUGACGAGGCGAGCUGAGGAGUGCGGUCAUCUCGGCGCACGCAGCACGCGCUUGUCUCCUCUCGUGCUGGUGACAUUCUGUUGCCAUGACUGAGACAAGGAGUCAGUCCUGUGUCAAGAAGGAGGGAAGCAAGCGAGCUCAUGACGAAGAGCCGGAGUUCCACUGGGAGGACUACCUGGAGGCUACGCAGAGUGAGGCCGUUCCGGCCACCGCCUUCGCCCAUGUGGAGCGCAGCCUGGAGAGCGGCCUGCGUCCGGGCAUGAAGCUGGAGGUGCUGAGCGAGGGGGGUCCCUCGUACUGGCUGGCGGCGGUUGUGACCACCUGCGGACCCCUGCUGUCGCUGCGCUACCUGGGGGCCGACCGGGCGGCCGACUUCUGGUGCGACCUGGGGGCCAACGAGGUGCACCCCCUGGGCUGGUGCGCCCAGCACCAGCAGCCCCUGAGGCCGCCCCAGGCCGUCAGGGACCGCCACCGGGACUGGGAGGCCCUGCUCGACCAGGAGCUGCAGGGUGCCGUCACGGUGCCCACCUACGUCCUCGAGAUGAAAGGCUCCGUGCCCAUCGACCAGCUGCAGGAAGGCAUGAAGCUGCUGGUCCUGGAGGAGGGGAACCCACUCAACGGAUGGGCCGCCUCUGUGCGCCGCAACGUGGGGGGCCGGCUGCUGCUGCGUUACGACGGCUGUGAGGUGGACAGCUGGGACCUGUGGCUCUUCUACCUGUCCCACCGGGUCAGGCCCCUGGACGCACCCUCCCAUGGGGACCAGACCUACCGGCCCCCGCAGUGCAUAGAGAAGCUACACAGCCUGGAAAAGUGGAAGCAGAUUCUGAAGGACUCCAUGGCACAGGCCCAAAGUUACAACACCAAGAUUCUGGCCAACAUCCUGCAGCCCCCCGUGGCGCUGCGUGAGCACAGCUUCCAGGUGGGCCACAAGGUGGAGCUGCUGCAUCCAGUGAGUCGCCAGCAGGCCUGCCCAGCCACCAUCACGGCCACCCUGGCCGGUGGGCGCUGGUUCCUCGUGCAGGUGGACGACCUGCGGCACCCCAAGGAAGGCGCCCCCCUGGUGCGCUGUUGCCAUGCGGGCUCCCAGAGCCUGCUGCCUGCGGGGUGGGCCCAGAAGAACGGCCUGCCCCUGCUGCCACCCCCCGGCUACCCGUGCAGCAGCUUUGACUGGGAGGAGUACCUGCGCUCGUGCGAUGCCCAGGCAGCACCCAGCUCCUGCUUUCAGCUGGAGGAGGACAGCCUGGGGUUUGAGCCGGGACAGAAGCUCGAGGCGGUGAACGUCCACAAACCCAACGAGGUGUGCGUGGCGGGCGUGGAGCGAGUGUGCCCCCCGCUGGUGUGGCUGCGCCUGGAGCCCGGUGGGGAGCAACUGGUGGUGCCCCUGCGCUCGCACCAGCUCUUCCCCGUGGGCUGGUGCGCCUCCAACGGGUUCCCCCUGCGGGCCCCCAGGGACUACCAGCGGCCGCAGCCUUCCGCCACCACCAAGGAGGCCUCCAGCACCGAAAAGGGAGACACAAAGGACGUCCGGCCCGGGGCGGGCCGGUCGUCCUGGUGCCCCUGCAUCUUCCUGAACCACCGCUGCUUCUCGGGGCCCUUCCUGUCCAAGGGCCGGCUGGCCGAGCUGCCCCGCCAGAUCGGUCCCGGCCCCGUUGCCCUGGUGCUCCGGGAGGUGCUGAGCCAGAUCAUCAGCGUGGCCUACAAGUCCACCCGGGUGCUGGGAGAGCUCCAGCUCAAGGGGCCCCCCGACCCCAAGAUGCAGCAGCAGCUGCUCAAGGCCAAGUACCGGGGGCGCACGUACCGGGCGGUGGUGGAGACGGUGCGGUGCAGCAGCCAGCUGGAGCCCUUCUGCCGCGGCGUGUGCGCCAAGCUGCAGUGCUGCCCCAACCUGUUCGGCCCGCGCUGCUACGGCGACGAGGGCUGCCCCGAAAACUGCGCCAGCCUCACCAAGACCCGCUACGCUUACCAGUUUGUGCGCAAGCGUCACCGGCGGCACCUGGCCUUGCGGAAGCCCAAGCAGCCCGACAAAGAGGAGGCACCCCCUGCACCGCAGCAGCAACAGCAACAGCAGCAGCAGCAACAACAGCAACAACAAGAAGGGGCCUCUGAGGACGAGGAUUCCCCGGUGGAAUGUGCCCCAGUACGGACGACAAAAGCACCCGUGGGGCGUCCCAGGAAGCGGCCGCUGCCAUCCCGUUCGGUCAGCCCGCAGGACUCCCCGGAUAACAACCCCAAGUCCCAGGCCCCUCCUGCGGGUCACCCAGACACCCUGACCUCGAACCCCCUCGAAUGGAGCGUGGCCGACGUGACCAACUUUGUGCGCAACACCCCGUGCUCCUACGUCGCCCGGCGCCUACACGAGCAGGAGAUCGACGGCCAGGCCCUGCUGCUGCUCACGCUGCCCAUGGUGCAGGAGUUCCUCGACCUGCAGGGAAGCCCCGCCGUGCAGUUCUGCCAGCUGCUGGAGCGCCUCAAGCUCGCCUUCUACCUACAGUACGCCCCCAAGGGGACCCAAUAAAGCCCCGCCCAACGGC